CGGAGCAUGUUUGGUUAUAUUUGUCGGCUGGGAGCUUGCAAGGCGAUCACUGCAGUAUCAGACGCGUGCGAGGCGAUGGCUACGUAGUUAUACCACUAUGGCAGUCGUUCGACGGCGUGGAUCAGGCGACUUCAGCGUCGGCGACGGCCUCCAGCUGAUCAUCCUCGCCGUCGGCAACAUCAUCGCGUGCUUUCUACAGCCAGAUCAGACUUUACAAUUACGACUGGGAAGGAUCGCCAUCAUGAAUCUCAUUCCACUCUUCCUCGGCAGCCGUUCGAACGUCUUUGCGGAGCUUCUUUUGGGGUUGUCUCCGCAUUGGUAUGGCCUGAUGCAUCGCUGGCUUGGGCGCAUAUUUCUCGUCGAAGCAAUCGCGCACGCAUUGCUCCAUCUUGCGACAGCCCAAUGGCAAUUAUCCUUGGUUCAGAUCCUGGUACGACUUUUAUGGCAACCCCUCAAACCAUGUGCUAACCGAAGGAGCAAGCUCCUCUCCGUAGCCGCGAGUAUAUUCCUGACUUCCAUCCUUUACUUUCGGCGUACGUUCUUCGAACUGUUCCUAAAAUGCCAUGUCAUCGCUGCGCUGGGCCUCAUGGUGCUGCUCUGGGUCCAUGUCAGAGUUGGACAGAACAUCGGUACGGUAGCUCUGAUUGUCGCGACAUCACUUUGGAUCAUAGAUACCACCGUCGGGCUCUGCCGCGUGUGUGCCCGGGUUUUCGCAAAGAUUAAAUGCACAGUAACAGUGCAGGCACCGCCCGCUCUGCUCACUCUUGAUAUUGAGAUACCCGAGUUCGCCAUGCUGAAGUCCGUGUGCCACGGCCGUUAUAUCUACUUGACAUCAUUUUCCCACCCUCGUCAUCUUCUUGGAAUGUUCCAGAGCCAUCCCUAUUUGAUCAUGUGGGAGGACGUCACCAAGACCGGGCAAAAAUUAACAGUUCUCAUACAUACCCGUCGCAACUUCAGCAACAGUCUAUCGACAUCGGAAGGAGCGUUUGGCGUGAACAUCUGUGGUCCGUAUGGCAAAGUACCGGACUUCGGCAUGUAUGACAAAGUCUGCUGUAUUGCCAGUGGGGUCGGCAUCGCAGCGCAUUUGCUUACCAUCAAACAUUUAAUCGCACAGCAUAACGUGCGCAACGUUCGUGCGCGACGAAUUUCCCUCAUCUGGAAAAUCCGAGAGCGAGCGCAUGCAAAGUGGGCUAAACCAUAUCUCAGAGACCUGUUUAAUUUACAAGAGAAUUACAGGAUUUUGAACGUGUACAUAGUUUACGAGACUGGACCCGAUAAGGAUGUUUGGCUCGAUGAUGAUGCUCAGCCAGACGCAGACGCAGUGGAGAAGCGUCACGUGUCUCAUCGGCCAGACCGCGACACCCCCAGCGGCUUGCACAAGGGGCAACCUGAGUUCUCCAGAUACGUGAAAGAAACGGUGCUGCAUCAGCUGAUAACAGGAGAAUGGGCAGGAGAUGCCGGGAAUAUGGCGAUUUCGCUUUGUGCAGACCCGGCCUUCGAAGCCGAAGUGCGCAAAGAAGUGCAGCGGCCUCCCUACGACAUCGAUGUGUUUACAAGCCCGUUUCGGAUAGACCCAUGA